AUGCAGGCUACUGGUGAAGAGGUUGCAGUCGUGGCUUUAAAGGCAUUUGCUCCCACUUCAGCUGGGAUUUCUCCACAAAAAUCUUCUGAGAAAAAUCUUGAAGAGGAGGUGAAAGAAGAAAUGGCCAAUUCUCAGGGAUUGCUGACAUUCAGAGAUGUGGCCAUAGAAUUUUCUCGGAAAGAGCUGGGGUGCCUGAACCACAGUCAGUGGGAACUGUACAGGGAUGUGAUGUUAGAGAACUACGGACACCUCCUUUUCUUGGGUCUUGUUGUGUCAAAGCCAGACCUGGUCAUCUUUUUGGAACACAAGAAGGAUGUCUGGGCCGUGAAGAGAAAGGAGACAGUAGCUACACACCCAGGUAGGUGGGAAGGAAGCGGAUGACAGAGGUAAG